GCUAUAUAAUAGAUUAGGAGGUUUAUAUCAGCUGUAUCGGCUGUACUCGCUCCAGCUGUGGAGAGAUCUUCCCCCUCUGGGUCACGGACCGAAUUCUAAUUGACGCCACGAAAUGUCCUCAGCCAAAAUUCCUUCUUCAGAUCCCCCGGCAGGCCCAGGGGAUAGCAAAGAGGGGCCCACCUCCACAUAUGCACAAUCAUACGCAGUAUCAGGCUCAUCCGAGGACACUAUCGAUCAAGUGGAUGACCUGGCGCACAUUCCCACGCGCGCCUCUCGAGCCUCGAUACCAUCUCUAGCCCAAAGAGUCACAUCUAUAGGGACGACUGGCACAUCUGACCCGAACUAUGAAGUUGAUUGGGACGAUGAGUUCGACACUAAUAACCCGAAGAACUGGCCCUUCCCCUACAAAGCUAUGGGAAUCGCUAUUCUAUCAUACAACACCUUGAUUAUCGUAUUAUACUCAACAUCGUACACAUCCGGAGAGUCGCAGAUUGCAGCUGAAUUUGGGGCCUCCACCACCAUCGUUACGUUGGGAUUGACUCUGUACCUCAUCGGUCUGGCUGUGGGAUCCAUGUUUAUGGCGCCACUAAGCGAAUUGUACGGCCGAAAGCCAGUCUGCAUAGCCUGCUUGUUUAUCUUCACAGUAUUGAUCAUACCUUGCGCGCUCGCCAAAAACCUUGCGACUCUGCUGGUUGUGCGCUUCAUCGCAGCGUUGUUCGGAAGUGUAAUGAUUUCCACUGCGCCGGGGAUGGUUGCGGACAUAGUCGAAGAUGACCAGCGCGCGCUGGCAAUGUCGGUUUGGAGUCUCGGGCCCGUGAACGGACCAGUCCUCGGACCCAUUAUCGGAGGUUUCGUCACCCAGUACCUGGGCUGGCGGUGGAUGGAUUGGAUCGCUCUGAUAUUGUCUGGAGUCGCGUUGGUCUUUUCAUGUAUCAUGAAGGAGACUUAUGGCCCCAUAAUCCUGCAAAAGAAAGCCGCCCGCAUGAGGAAAGAAACGGGCGACUCACGAUGGUGGUGUCGAUACGAACAGAAGGCCAGUCUGAGUGAACUGCUCAAGAUAAAUCUCGGCCGUCCGUUUGUCAUGGCAGUCACUGAGCCUAUUUGUAUAUUCUGGAAUAUUUACAUUGCCAUCGUGUAUGGCAUCCUCUAUCUCUGCUUCACAGCCUACCCUAUCGUUUUCCGGGAUAUUCGCGGUUGGUCACUUGGUCUCUCCGGCCUCGCAUUCCUGGGUAUCGGAACUGGAUGCGUGAUUACCAUCUCCAGCGAACCCUUGAUCCGCCGCUUGAUCAACAGUCAUAAGCCGGACCCCGAAACAGGCAAACCACCCCCGGAAGCAAUGGUGGCCUUUGUAUGUAUCUGCGCGCUCCUGAUUCCCGCUGGAGAAUUGUGGUUCGCCUGGACCUGUUCGCCCGCCUCGAUUCCUUGGAUUGUACCGAUUCUCGCAGGUGUACUCUUCGGCACGGGCAACACGGGCGUUUUUAUCUACGCGACCAAUUACUUGGCUGGUAGUUACGGAGUAUAUGCAGCAUCCGCGCUGGCAGGUAAUUCCGUGAUCCGCAGUAUCUUGGGAGGUGUCUUGCCACUUGUUGGAACGUAUAUGUAUGCCGGUAUUGGUCCUAACUGGUCUGGGACCCUUUUGGGCUUGCUCGAGGUGGCUAUCGUCCCGAUCCCAUUUAUUUUCUACAAGUAUGGCUACAAGAUCCGGGAGAAGAGCGUGCUCAUCCGGCGGAUGCAGGAGGAUAAGCGGCGAUUGGCAGGAAAGCGCCAACACCAUACACAGCAGGUGGAGAAUCUUGAGAAAAUCGAGGAGAAGGAAACGAUGGAGGUAUGA